UGAAAGGUUCUCCCCGGAGUACCCCGGAUGUUGUACAGGCUGCUCCACGCUGUGUGAGGAAGGUCGCGCUUUGUCUGCUGUUGCUGCUGCUGUUUAUCUUCUUCAGAAAGAUAAUGUCGACCAUAUCUGCUGCCAGCGUAGAGGCUGCCCCUGCAAUCGAGGGGGCACAAGAGAAAAAGCCUCUGAAACCAUGCUGUGCAUGCCCAGAAACCAAAAAAGCCAGGGAUGCCUGCAUUAUUGAGAAGGGGGAAGAAAGUUGCACAAAUCUCAUUGAGGCACACAAGGAGUGUAUGAGAGCACUUGGCUUUAAAAUAUAACAUCAGAGGUGUGAAAAUAAAUGGGCAGAGCUCACCGUGGAUCGGCGUUUGGACUACUUCUAUUUAUUCUACAGAGGGAAGAUUUCUUUGUUCUUUCUUUCUAUUUUGGUUUUUACAAAUGUGAUUUUUCUAUUUUUGUUUCAAAUAUUUCUGUAAAUGAUGAAUAAACAUCCUAUGCAAUGUUA